AUGGAGCAAAGGCAAGAGGAUCAAAAAGAGCAAGAAAUAGAAAAUGGUAAAAAUGCAGGAAACUGAACCCAAGCUAUUCCAAGCAUGUUUUUAUGUUGGAUUGGAUUACAAUCACUUUCGGUCUAUUUCCUUUUUACGUCAUCAGAUUUUGAAGAUCAGCUCAUUUGGUACACAAUUGCCUUAGCAGUUCUUAUGUGUGCAAAUGUACUUCGGGUCAAGCUAAAAAGCUACAUUGAAAACUACAAAGUGAGGGCUGAAAAACUUGCAUUUUUUCCCCAAAAAUAG